AUGCGACGCGCCACGACGCAUUUCCCGUUCAACUGCGAGAUCGCUUGGGCUCAAAAUCUGUUGUGUCCCUGCAACUUGCGCCGUAGAUGUCGCCCCUCCCUCACAGUCGUGGCUGAUCGGCGACACCGUCGAACUUUAACACUGUCAUUACCAGGAGAGACAAAGGAGUCACAUAGCAAGUUUAUUAAACAAAAGUCUCGCAUGAUGCUACGUAAUUCGCCACCGCGGUCUACUCUGGGGACGCAAAGCUUAUUAAUUAGGCAUUUGGUCAUGCAAUUGUGA